AUAGAUAUGUAAAUACAUAGUUAAUUAAACCAUAAAAAACAUUGAAAGUAUAGGACUUUUCAAUAAUCAAAAUAUAAUAUAAUUAUAAGUAUACUAGUUAAUUAUUGUGUAGUGCACUACUUUUUUUCUGAUCUCAAACCCGUUUAAAUUUUUUUUGAGUUCUGACUCAAUGAUGUUUGAUAUUGAUUGAUUUGAACCAUAUCGAAGUAUGAGUGAAGCUGCUGUAUCUGGUCCUAAGGCUCCUGUUCCUGAGAAGGGGAAGCCAGUUGGUGACGCUGCUCCAGCUGACGGCGAAAAUAAAGGGCUUUCCAAUAAAGAAUUAAAGGAAUUAAAGAAGAAAGAGAAAGCUGCCAAAAGAGCUGCUGAAAAGGAAGCUAAAGGUAUAACUCCUGAACAACAACAAAAGAUAGCAGAACAAAAGAUAGAGAAGAAGCAAGCCACUACUAGUACGAAAUUGAAAAAGCAGUUGAAUCAAACAUUGAUAAAGGUUGAAGAUAAGAAUCGUAUUCCAUCUCUUUUCAGUCAUUUAGAAACUAGAGAGCAAAGAAAUGCUUCAUCUCCAUCAAUUUCACACAUUGUUCAUCCUGCUAUACUUGCAUUGACUUUAAAGUAUUCAUCUUAUAAAAUAGUGGGUUCAACAUCAAGAUUAAAGAAUAUGUUGGAAGCAUUUAAAGUUGUUAUUGCUGAUUAUCAAACUCCAGCUAAUACUACUUUAACCAGACAUUUAACCGGUCAUUUAUCAAUUCAAAUUGAAUAUUUAAAAACUGCACGUCCAUUAUCAGUCUCAAUGGGUAAUGCCAUUAGAUGGUUGAAACAAGAAAUAUCUCAUAUCUCCAUUGAUAUUACUGAAAAUCAAGCUAAAGAAUUCUUAGUAUCUAAAAUCGAUGAUUUCAUAAAGGAAAAGAUUGACUUUUCUGAUCAAGUUAUUAUUGAAAAUGCAUCUCAACAUAUCACUAAUAAUUGUACAAUUUUAACCUAUGGUCAUUCUCAAGUAUUGGAAGAAUUAUUUAAAUAUUGUGUUCUUGAACAAAAUAAAACGUUUAAUUUAAUUAUUGUUGAUUCAAGACCAUUAUUUGAAGGUAAGAAGUUAUUAACUAAUUUAGCAAAUACAAACUUCACUCAAGAUCAAGAUGAAUUAGAAUCUGAUUUGGAAUCGAUUUCAAGUAGAGGUAUAAGAAGUUGUCGUCCAAUUACUCAACUGAAUCUUAAAAUCCAUUAUGUUUUAAUAAAUUCAAUUUCUACUACUAUCUUAGAAGAUGUUGAUUAUGUUUUCUUAGGUGCUCAUGCCAUGUUAUCAAAUGGUCGUCUUUAUGCCAGAGUUGGAACUGCUCUUAUUGCUAUGAUGUGUCAUACUAGAAACAUCCCUGUACUUACAUGUUGUGAAUCGGUUAAAUUCUCCGAUAAAGUUCAAUUGGAUUCUGUUACUACCAAUGAACUUGCUGAUGUUGAUGAUUUACUUCAAAAUAUUAAUUCUAAAAAACCACCUCAAAAGAAGUCAUUUGCUUUAGAACAAUUCAUAAAACAAUGUGAAGAACAAAAGAAAUCUGAACUGGAAGCCAAUAAUAAGAAUAAACAACAGCAACAACAACAGCAGAAGAAAGCUGAAGCUGCUGCCCAAGAAGCCAUUGCUGAUGGAGAAUCUCCCAUUAAGAAUUGGAGAGAUAUUCCAAAUCUUAACAUAUUAAAUAUCAUGUACGAUUUGACUCCACCAGAAUACAUUAAGAAGGUCAUUACUGAAUUGGGUUCAUUACCACCAUCUUCAGUUCCAGUCAUCUUAAGAGAAUAUAAGAAUACAUAGAUAUCUGUACAUACAUCAUAAUAUAUAUAUAAAUUUAAUCUGGAAGCGCAUUGUAAUUGUGUAAUUGUUGAUAAAAAUCAAAAUAGUGCGAGAUUGAGAUUGAAAUUUUUUUGGUGGUAAAUAUUUU